UUGGCGAGUGCGAGUGUGCCGCUCCUUCUCUCCGCGCUUCGCUCACUGAGAGAGACACCCCCCCAGAGAGAUUUUUUGUGGCGUGUGAUUCUGACUUUUUUUAAUCGAGAUUUUCGGCAAGUGAUUUUGAGGGGUUGAGUUGUGUUUUAAUUAGAGGGAGGAAAUCUUCAGUUCCCUCCUUAGAUAUUUUGUUAAAUAAAAAGAAAAAAGAAAAUCGGUUCGGUGAUUGCAUCAAUUUUUCUCAAGGUCGCGCGCAAGAGGAUCCAGGAACGCCGGGAGGGAGGGUUGCGACGCCGGGAGAAGCUGGACGGUCUUCUUUACUGAACGCGAGACUGGACUGAUACCACGUCAGUUGCUUCAGCGUGAAUACCCGGUGUGAGGCGACAGGUGUGAGGUGUGAGUAACAGCGGCCUGGUAUCAACUCACACUCACUCACUCACUCACUCAGACGUACAUCUCCUUGGCAACCAAACCAACGAAUACCUCGUCUCCUCCCCUUCCCCCCUUCCCUCCCCCCCCUUCCCGUCAGGUCUCCCUUGGUUUCUGUCUCCUCCCUUAACCUCCUCCUCCUCCUCUUCCUCUCCCCCUCUCCCUCCUCCUCCUCUUCCCCCUCCCCCUUCCUUUCGUUGCCGCAUUCCAGUACAAACACCGCCGCUGUUCCGCUGUUGUCGGCACCGUGUUCUGCUGUGCCUGCUGCUCCCGUCGGUGCUGGCAGCUGGUUCCUCUCCCUCUCGUCCAUCUGCUGCCCAUCUCCCGCCCUCGGAUGCUGCGCUGAUUUCGUUACGGCUUCAUCGUCCGGGCCAAUCAUGCGACACCCCAGCGCCCCCUCUGCAGCUUCCGCAUCUACCUGAGAGAGAGAGAGAGUCCCAGACAGCAUCAUCGUCGCCGUUGUCAUCGCCAGCAUCCUCAUCUCCAGACUCAUCUCCAGUGCGUCGGGGAUGCCCUUCGCCUAGCCCCUUCGCCGCGGACAGCGCACCGGACACGGAAGAGACGCAUGCAGUGUGUCCGUAGCCCGAUGACAGGCACGUACGGACAACGGACCUGAGGAUUGUGGAGUCCUUUAUUUUUUUAUUUUUGUUUAUUUUUUCGGGAGUUCGAGGGAAAGUGAGUGCGUGCGCGCGCGUGAGCAUGGAGAAGCCCAUGAAAGUGUUGAUCGCGGUCGCGGUGGUGACGCAAGGCUGCUCUGCGCUCUGGCUCGGGGAAUGCAACAAGCCCCUGGGCGUGUCCACGGGCGGCCUGGACGACUCGGCGCUGUCGGCCUCGUCCUCCCACGACCACAUCGUCGGGCCACAUCGCGCGAGACUGGGCAUGGACGGCGGCGGCGGCGCGUGGUGCCCCCGCUCCAUGGUGGACGCCGGGCAGGGCGAGUGGCUGGAGGUCGACCUGGGCUCCCCCCCCCGCCUGGUGACCGCCGUGGCGACCCAGGGGCGUCAGGCCAACGGGCAGGGCGUCGAGUACACCCCCGCCUACACCCUCAGCUACUGGCGCCCCGGCAUGGCCAGCUUCGUGUCCUACACAGCGCACCCGAGUUUGGGGAAUAAGACGCUCCUGGUGGGCAACAGCGACACGUACACGGAGGUCAAGAACGUGCUGGAGCGGCCCCUCUUCGCCUCCAGGGUCAGACUCGAGCCCUUCUCCGCUCACCCGAGGGUCGUCUGCGUCAGGCUCGAGUUCUACGGCUGCAACUACACAGUUAUUCUUACGCUCCUGGUGGGCAACAGCGACACGUACACGGAGGUCAAGAACGUGCUGGAGCGGCCCCUCUUCGCCUCCAGGGUCAGACUCGAGCCCUUCUCCGCUCACACCGAGGGUCGUCUGCGUGAAAGUGUGGGCCCGGGGACGAAAAAGGAAUUCAGUUCGGGCUACUCUUUACCCGGCUCUGAUUUCACAUUUAAUUUUUUUUUUAAGGGUAGAAAACAGGGAUUGUAUCGAGGAAUUACACUUUUGACGCUCCUGGUGGGCAACAGCGACACGUACACGGAGGUCAAGAACGUGCUGGAGCGGCCCCUCUUCGCCUCCAGGGUCAGACUCGAGCCCUUCUCCGCUCACCCGAGGGUCGUCUGCGUCAGGCUCGAGUUCUACGGCUGCAACUACACAGACGGCCUGGUGAGUUACAUGGUGGGCGGCAGCAAGAACAGUGCGGGCGCCGGCGUGGGUGAGAUCAUGGGCGUGGGCGAGGGCCUGCUGUACGACGGGCGUGUGGGUGGCGACGAAGUGGACGAAUUCGGAGGCGCCGGCGUGAGGGACGUCCUCCUGCCGCCCGCCACGCCCACGCACGACCAGCACGACGACCGCAGAGGCGACGACACGCGGGUGGAAGGACUCGAGCCCGCCCCGGACACGCCGCUGUCGCUCGUGUUCAACUUCGAUGCGAUGCGACGCUUCAGGACGAUGUUCGUGUACCUGACGACGAGCCACCGCGACCAGAAGCCCGCCAUCUCAGCCACCGUGAAAUUUGGCGCCAACUCCUCCUUUUUCGAUGACGUGGCUGUGACUUCGGCUUGGAGUGAGUCCGACCUGAUCCCGACCGGGCCUCAGAACUUGACCUUUGACCUCCGCAAGCGACCGGGAGCUUCUCUUCAGGUCACCCUCGAGGUUCGAGCGAUGGAAGUGUCCAUUCAGGAGAUAUACUUUGAUUCCAGUCCUUGCGGAUGCGGCCUGGGCGACUGGGAGCGGCGCCCCCCGACCCUGCCCGAGGAGCACACCGCCUCCCGCCCGCCCGCCGCGUCGCCGCCCUCGGACGUCUGGGCUGUCUACACCGCCCACCAGCACCGGACCUACGUUGGCGUGGCGGUGGGCUUCAGCGUGGGCGUGGGCGUGCUGGUGCUGGUGUGGGCGGGCGUGUGGCUCCGUCGGCGCCGCGGGAAGGCCUCCUCCCCCAGGGUGUUCCGCCGCCCUCCGCCCGACACGCUGGACAUGAAGAGCCUGAUGGAGGGCGUGGGCGUGGGCUCGGGCCUGGGCAUGAUGGGCGGGGGGAGUUCCACGCCCACCUACGAGGAAGGGAGCUGCCUGCUGUACGACGACCUGCAGAAGACGCCCCUCGUGUCCACCCUCCCGCACUGCCGCCCGCGCACGCCCGAUUCCAGCGCCGCGCCCGUCUACGCUACGCCCACGCUCAGGCCCUCGUCCACCUUCCCCUCCGCGGGCGCCUCCUUUAGCCCCAUCCCGCGCCCAGUCACCCUCGCCUCCCUCCCGCGCCCGCCGCCCAUCCCGCCCCCGCCCGAGAAGUGUGACAGGCAGAUGCAGGUCCCUUCGGUCACAGGACCUUGGCUGACCUCCGUGUACCGCCAGGAAGCCACGCCCCAGGUCGCUUCCUUGACCCCGCCCAUCUACGCGCCCACUCUCCCCGCCCACCAGGUGACCCGAACGCAGAUCUUGGCCUCAGGAGCUUUCUCAACGCUGUCGGUGGGCGUGGUCUCUGGCAAUGCUGACGCGCAAUUGGACGACGAUGUGAACGUAGCUCCGCCUCCCCGACCGGCUGCACUAAUCACAGUGACGGCUCACGAGGUGGCGCCGGCUGCCACGCGCCAGGCCCAGCUUUUGGCUUCUCUCAACCACGCGAAUGUGACUCAAAUGAUGGGCGUGGUGGUGGGCGGGCCAGUGGGCGUGACACUGGUUUUGGAAUACUACCCUGAUGCCCAUCUGCCCGAAUACCUGCGCGCACGCUCGCUCGCCCCUGCCCAGGUUGAGGGCGGAUGCAGCCACGAUAGUCAGACCAUCAGCGUCUCCGGGCUGGUGGGCGUGGCCGCGCAGAUCGCCUCGGCCAUGAAGUACUUGGAAUGCCGACAUCUCGUCCACACCGAUCUGGCCGCGAGGAACGUGGUGAUGGCGGAGGGCGUGGCCAAGGUGACGCAGGUGGGAUCCGCUCUCCCUCGCUACUCGCAGGACUACUGGCGCUCCCCCGACGGCAGGGGACCCGCGCCCCUGCGCUGGAUCAGCCCCGAGGCUCUGUGUCAGGGGACCUUCACGCAGGCGAGCGACAUAUGGGCUUUCGGCGUGACGCUGUGGGAGGUUCUGACGCUGUCCCGCCGCCGCCCACACCACCACCUGUCUGAGGACUUGCUCUUCCACGCCCUCGUCUCCACACACAACGCCGUUGCCUCCACCUCCUCCUCCACACUUGGCCGCGCGGAGACCUACGCCAAACCACAGGUCGUCCUGAGUGCCCCCGCGUGGUGCCCGAGAGAGGUCCAGGAGCUGAUGACGGCCUGUUGGCACCCACUGCCCGCCCACAGACCUUCCUUCAACACCAUUUACACCACGCUGGCCGCCUACGCCCAUGCUCACAAGUGAAGACCGCGGGGAGGGCGGGAAAGUGGUUUUCCCGCCUAAAACAAGAUGGCGCCGCAGAAGGAGACAUUUUCCCGCCAAAAUAAAAUGGCGCCGCGAGGGGGGGGUGCAAGGUCCCCCCCCCCCUUCUGAGUGAAAUGAGGAAAUUGCAAGUGAUGAGUUAUUUACGGCGUCGGAGUGGCGGUGAUGUGAAAAAAAUAGGUGAAUUGAAGGAAAACUUGACAUACGGUGAAAAAUUAUACUUCGUGUGAGAUGUAUUUUAUGAUAUUGUCGUUAUCCCAUUCUGUAUGUUUAAUCCUAACGAUUUAUGUUUUCGUGAAUAAGCGUGACAAACAAGCGAGAGAGAGAGAGAGAGAGAGAGAGAGAGAGAGAGAGAGAGAGAGAGAGAGAUGACCUUUUAAUGCUUCGAUAAGCAUGCAAAUAGUCAACUGGGAUAUUACAUUUCUUUGUUAAAGUCAGAUUUUUUUAUUUCAUGAAUUCCCUAAGCUCUUCAUUUGCUAUGAGAGCAAAAGACUCUAUUCAUAGUGAGUGAUAUGUAAAUGUUUCUGACAGACACACAAAGAAAAAAAAUGACCGUAGAUGUGGAAUUAGUUUACGCCAUACCCUAUUUAUAGAAAGUGAACGGACGACUUGGUUACCGAAGCCGAAGCCAGCGGACAGACAUGACAAACGGACGCGUCCUUCGCUAGGAAGAGCGCGUAUUGUCUGUCCAAUUUCCAGGGACACCGUCACAGGGCACUGCUUGUCUCUUGUGCACAAUGAAAGCAUAUCAGAAACGGGCGGAAGAAACCCGUUCAACAUAUCAUUUCCCCGGAGAAGUCACAUGAGCGUAGAGAGAGAGAGAGAGAGAGAGAGAAAGAAAGAGAGAUUUAAACCCCGAAGAAUUUUUCAUUUUGUCGCGAGCGGUUCCGAUUCCGGUCCGCUUUGACUUCGUAGUUCUUUGUCGGUAUGAAAUCAAUAUUAAUAACGUCUUAUCAUUAGUACUUUUAUUAUGUACCUGGAUGGUAGUUUGUAAGAGGAAAUCGGAGGGUGGCGAGAAAUCGGCGCUGACUUUGCCCUUUUCUUGAGACUACUUAUUUUAACUUGGCUGAUGAGUGCUAAAGUUAGCAGAUUCAAGGUUGUAUAUAAUUUGUUUCAGUUCUGAUUACUGAUGCUAUAGGUUGAAUCGCAACAUAGAUGAUAUGAUAUAAGGAACAAGAAAAAAAAGUAAAUACAGAUCGCUAUAACCUGCUAUAAAUAAAAUCGUUAAUAAUUGAUGAUUAAGAUCGCUAGAAAAGAUUGUUAAAUUUAGCAUCAUCAGCUAAGGCAAGCGUUGGAUUAAUGAACGAGGAGGAGGAAAAAUUGCACUUAACCAUAUCACAUAUAUCGUGCAUUAUCUGUUUCUGGAUGUAUAUGUUGCAGAGUUUAGUUUAAUUAACCAUUUCUAGUCAGACUUCCAUAUUGCAUGAGUGCAGGUGGUGACCAGUAUUGUUUGUUUGUUUGAUUUUUUUGAGAAAGAACUGAUUCCUCUUUACGUUUCAGGUGUUUUACCAAUAGAUGUAUUCAUUUGUAAAUACGUAUAAGAACUUUUUUUGUAUAUAAUGAGUCUUCCGUGUGUAGGGUACUAAAUAACAAUAACAUUCAAGUAUUUAACGAAAAAAAAGGAUAAAACAUUUUCAAAAACUAUUAUCUUAAGGUUUCAUUAAUGGUUUAAUAACACUUAAGUGGUAAUUUUAGUGGUUGUUGUGGGGUCAUAGGCCUGUAUGUUAGAAAAGGCACACAAAGCUAAUUUAAGGUAAGGAUUAUUUUUAUCAACUCUUAGGACUGUGUGUAACAAGGUAUCGAUUGGCUGUUCGUUCAGUCGUUAUGUACCUUUUUCCCCCAGAGUGCCAAAAAAAAAAAAUAAAUAUGGUUACUUGGCACUCGUCUGUAGUAGUGCCAAGGGCCAGACCACGUGACCUCACUCGAUACUUUUAAACGAACAUCGAAAUCA